CCGGUUGAUCAAUCGAUCAACAUCCGGGCUCGCGCGGGAAGGCCCGCCCCGGCUCGCGCGUGCGCAGCAGGAACGCGCCGCCGCCGCCGCUCGGACCACGUAUCGACCCCAGCGCGAGCGUCCCAGGUCCCGUUAGUUUACGCGGUCACGAAGGACGAGCAGCCACCUACUUAGGCCCGGAGAGAAAGCCAGCCGACGCCGCUGCUGCCGCCACUGCCACCGUGCCAUGUCCGAUCUCGCCGAGCGCUCUUCCGGUUAAAACGCGCGCGCCCCAAAUAGCUAAGUGCGUCCGCAUCGCGUGCAUGAGCGGUACAGACUCAUCGUCGGGACACCUCGGCCCCUUUGACCCCUGAAGUCGCGCUAAGGCUCGCACUCGCCGGUUUCGCUAGACCGGCACCGCUCCGGCUUUCGGGCUGCUUGCAAAGAAGGCGGCUAUCUUCUCGUGCACAGACACCCCGUGCCGCACUGUGCAAGCCUCGAGUGCGCGCGCGCUUCGCUGAAGGCGGUGCACUAGAGACUUCUCUGUCGUCUGCUCGAAAAAAAGACUUCUUUCCUUUCUCCCUACCACCUGUGAUCCCGCAACGAUGGCCGUCGCCAGCAGUACGCAAGUAUCCCUCGUAGGAGUUGUUCUCUUCACGCUGAUGUUUGUGCACAAAGGCUGGGCCAUCUACUGUUGGCGUUGCAACUCGGCCUACGACCCCAACUGCGCCGACCCGUUCAACAACAUCACCUCGGAUCUCGUCAACUGCGACAUGCGCGUCAAGGAUCACCUUCCCCCGGGAACCCGGGCGCAAGUGUGCCGAAAGAUCGUCCAGAAAGUGUACAGCGACUUCCGCACCGUGCGCGACUGCGGAUGGCUCAAGGACGACAAGCAGGGCUCCGAGUGCAUGCGCCGCGCCGGCACCUUCAGCGUGCUCAUGAAGUACUGCAGCUGCGACAAGGACGGCUGCAACGGCGCCCGUCGGCCUUCGACCGCCUCCUCGUUGCUCAUGGUGGUGCCGCCGUUGCUGCUGCUGCGCCUGUUCAAGUAAAACUGCGUCACGACGGCCCCCACCACAUGCAGCACACGCGUCCUCCACUGCGGGACAGUGCACGUGCGCCGCGAACCAGACGGCCGCUUCGUGGCGUGCCAGAGCAACACGUGCCACGACGUUGCCGUGGCAUGCCAUCAUGGCCUGGUGCGUCGCGGCGUCGUGUGGUGAGCGACGACACGUCAGCUGCCUACCCCACGGUGCGGCGGUGUCAACGGGAGAACUACUUCGCGGUCUCGAAGGCGUGCAACGCCACGCGGGAACGUGCUCUUUUCGUCUGGACCCAAACGAAGAUGUUACGGGUGGCUUCGCGGAGGCCCUGCCAACUUGGCCGGACCACGCGUGGUCAAGUGCGGGCGGGGUCUGUAGUGCGUCUUGUUGCCGGGUGUAAAUUGUCGCGAGGCUUGAGGCUGUGCAUCUUGGGGAGGUAAAAUGACACGCUGCACUUGGCGACGCCCCUUGUGCAAGAGAACAGGCAUGGCGCUCAUCUAUAGUUGUGGACACUGUGUACACAUUACUCGGCUUGACGUUUGAGCGCCCAUUGUUCUGCUUCUGUGCGUUCCUCGAUGAUUUCUUCCGGUUUUAUUUGUUGCAUUGGUGCUGUCAUUUACCAGUGACAGCUCAAAGCAAACGGGAUAAAUCGGAUCAAUGCAAGCAACGAACUAGUCAGUCAGGUGUCGCCCAACUUACAGGGAAUGCUGAGCUCAGACGCGAUGUUGUGCGAGCUGACGCACUGCUUUGAAGCAUCGUAAGCAGCACAUUAGAGGGUACCUUACAGCGGAGUCGUCGCCGCGCGAAACGAAAGCAACGUUGUCAUAGGUAGCCAAAAUCUUCAAUGUCAGAUUAGUCACUCAGCAUAGGCUGCGCGAUGAUAUCAUUUGUGUUGGGCGCACAUGAGAAGUGACUGCAUCAAACUGUCAUGUCUCCCGACGCCCAAGCCGAAUCACGAAAUCACAUGGGCAUCAGGACACGACGCCGUGGUGGUACGAAAGCUCACACGAGUGCUGUCAGAACGGCGCUUACCAAUGGCCGAAGGACUAUUGCCCCUAUUCUAUAAUAAUUUAUACCAGCAGAAGAAAUCUUAAAGCUAAACAUCCCGGUGAAACUAAAGGUUUGCGUGCAUUAUACCAUUCUUGUUGCAGAUAUUCUAAAAUGCAUAUUUGGAUUUCAGUAGAGGCUUCAGAACUACAUGCUAAGUCUCGCGGCUGGGACUAUCUGCCCGAAGGGAACAAUCUUGCCUGAAAACUGCCGCUAUUUCUUUUUUCAGUGCUUCCGGUGUCAGACGUUAAGCUUUAGGACACUGGAAACACAUUCUUGUGCUGUGACGAUAUUGCGGUCCCGGCCUUCCCCUGUUCGGCAAGCGAAGAGCCCGAAUAACCGAUGUGAGAACGAACGAAUCCUUAGUGUAGAACCAUAGACUAAUUACUUGCCAGUGCUUGCAGAGAAACGAGCGUUCUUCGUCGCUUCGGUCGUCUCAGCUGGGUUGUAUUCACCUGCGAGACUACCCCAUGGUGGCAAUGAACCCUUUCUUAUGUUUAGCUGGUUACGAGUGAAGUCAUCGUUGUGGCAACUGCCACAACGCCAGCUGCACCCAUAUUUUCAACCGAGUUGUCCUUUCAGAUAAGUUCACUAUGCAUAGGUGCAGUGCUCCGUGUUGUCCCUUCCUGAUUCGUCCUGUUGAGCGCAAAUUCUCUGGCGCUGCGCACGGUCGCCCUCUUGUUGAGCUCUGCCACUGUCACAUGCCGCGACACCGUUGCUGCAAGGUGCAGCCUCUGCAUACAACACACUUGCUCGCUGCGGUGUAGCGAUCAAGGCUGGCUUUCCCAAAACUUCGUCUGUGGCACCAAUGCGCAGCGUGCGUUGCAAGUUAAGGCAAACAAUAUUGCUGUGUGAGCGUAGCAGUUCACAUUGAAAUGCGUUUUGUGUAGUGGAGUCGCAUUUGUCAAAAGCUUUAUUGCUCGUAUGAUCGUGAGCGAAGAUCUGGGAGGUGCAAGCCUUUUGAAUGUUGCAGGGUCGCUACAAAUACUCAUGGACAAGUAGUUUCGAACUUUUGAGCAAAUGGCUCUAAUGCCACACUGCCACGAAGACAAGUGAAAAGUGUUUAGGUCGUCAGGUAGCCGUCAUCGGCGAUCUUAGCGAAAGCCUUGAUAGGCUCAUUGGACUGAACUUAAACAGUGUAUUCAUCACGUGUCGCAAAGAGGAGCCUUCAUUGUUCAGAAAGUGAUACCGAGAUAUAGUUCCAUGGCUGCUUCAGCAGAUAUGUAUGCAUUCAUAUGUCUCAGGAAAGAGUAGAAAUACAGGAAGUUAAUUUUUUUCUUUAGAACUUAUGAAGUUGGCAUAAUAAUUGACAAUACUUGCAGGUAACACAACUUGCAGCUAGUUUAGUAGACGGAACAACCUGCGUAGAAAAGGUAGGCUGGAACCCUCAGAUCUUCCGUUGCCCACGAAGCACUCGCAGCCCGUUGAUAGCACUCCACGCUGUCAUUACUAAGCUUGUACAUAGUGUGCAUAGUUUGUGGUUAUUUGCUUUUCUCAGUGUUCAUAGAACGCAGCACGUUCCUGUGUGGCAAAGCAGCCGAUUGUAGAUGCAAAUGCAGAGAACGUACGCAAGCCGUGUUUCGCUAUUGUUCUAGCUCUGUUGGUUUCGAAGGCGACGGACUGUGUGGUCCGCGCCAGCUUUCACUUUAUGCUCACAUCGCACUAGUGCGGCUUCAAUCAUGCUUCUGCAAAUCACAAUGAUACACUACGCUUAGCGUGGAUGACGCCUGCCGCGGCCUGCUACUAGAAGCCGCGAACCCGACCCCGUGUAAACGCGGGUAUACCGCGUCGUAUCUUGUAGCAUGUAAGUCCUUCGUGUGUUCCUUUGUGGUUAGUCGCUCUCCAAUUCAAAGGAGGCAAUAUGUACGCGCGUCAUAUGAACUUAUUUAAACGAAGUUUAGUCUGCGUUCUAUUUCAUCAAAAAAAAAAAAAUCAGGUCGAGGGGGUGGGUUCGGGGGUCUUUGUCACAUACAUUCAUGAAGAAGGCAUCGGAUGCUUGCAACUGUGCUACAUGCUGAAAACAAUACGGUCACUCACUUGUGUUUCUGUGUUUACUGAAAGUGUUAAUUUGCGAAUGCUUCAUUCUAUGUCUCAUAUUGGUAAUGUUUGCUGAUGUAAGGGAGGAGAGGAUAACUUUAAAGAGUGUUUCAGUGGGAGAAAUUGUGCCAUACUUGCUCUGCGUAGAGGAGGACAGAAUGCGCGAGACUAUUUGUAAUACUUGUUUGGAAGGGAUCUCAUGAAACUUCCGCGCCUUAGUGAAUGAAAGAGCCAGCUUUUUUUUUCUUUAUGUGUCAUUUCAAAUGUGUUGUUGGAUGCUUGCGAGAGAGAAUAUUCACCAUGCGGCAACUUAAAUCAAGAAUGGUUCUGUACCUAUCGAUUCGUGAGAGCGUAUUGUCGGUUACGUUUAACGCUCCUGCGUUUCAUUUGUCUUGCGUAACGCAAGCACAAUCCUGUUUUUUACGUUGCUUUAAAUUUUACCUUUUCUACCUUUUUUUUUUUUUCAGAAAUAGCGAUUUCUUUUUCACACGACAUACGGAAAUUCGGCUCGAACACAUUAGACGUCAGAGAUUACGCACUGCAUGCCACUACUGAAUUGCAUCAAGUAUUAUUCGAGAAGAUAGUGCGUCUGCGUAUAAUUUAGGCUGUGCGAAAAGACCACCGUACGACAUUUGCAGAAUAAUGCCACUCUCGGUAGCCAGAAAAUCGCAUGCACAACACUUAGACGAAAAAUCAACGCUCAUUUAGGCCGUCAUUCAUCAAAGUGUUAGCUUUGCCUAGAAAGAAAAGAACUGGCAGACAGAUGGUUGAAACUGCGCUAGCUCGUGCACGAGUAACUGAAGAGGAGAACGUUGUAUGCGGCACAAUAGUUUGUGAGCAGUCAUUUUGCACCAGCGCCAGUGGUUUUCAGGCGAGUCAAACGAUCAGCUCGGUGAUCACUACGCCGUCGAUGGAUGUUUUCUCGCUGCGGCGAAUCGCGAUCUUGGGAAGACAGCGUUGAAGAGAUCCCGGGCAUGCUCUCGUUGCUGCGGGAAACGCGAUAACUAAAGGAAAGAGAUAUUGGAGAUUCACAGCAGGCGAUGUCACAUCGAUUGCUCCUCUCUUUAAUCCCCCGAGCAAGAAUGCGUUCUUCGCGUGGGAAUGGCGCGGAUGCAGGCGCUUCCAUAACCGUCGCACUUCGGCGACAACGAGCAACUUUCUUUUCAUCAAGCCAGUUCGGCGCUCUGCAUGAGCGCCUUGCGGAUUGAAAAGGCGUGGGACACUCUGUGCAAUAGUUACCGCGGUAAUAUUCAUCGCCCACAUCGCGUUCUCCCUGAAAGGCGAAUGUGUUUACGCGAGGCGACAACAAUAGUAAUAAAAAAAUAAAUAAAGCCACACCUGCCUGAAUGUGCGUAUCGUAGUGAACACCGGCUGUAACAGUUCAUGCACGGAAUAAACGCUAAAACAAAGUAAACGACGCAGAAUUUCUGAUGCGUAUUGGUUGUGACGUGUGAUCUUGGUAUACACCUCACUAUGAUAUACGUUUGGUGGUUGAGGUUCGUCACGCUACGCAACGCACCACUGUGGUAUUGUGCCCUGAGACGCAGACUCGGUGUGUAUAGCACGUGUUCGUGUUUGAAAAAGGAGAAUGGGGAGAUGAGCAUUAAUACUAUGCGCCGGCUGAGUGCCUCGACGGCGUUCAAACUUGACGUCUUUGUUUUCUCUGUGUGUAUCUUCUAACACCGCGGGUAGAAAACUGUCGGUACAAGAGGAUGCCAACGAUUCAACUUAAAUGUCGUUCAAUUCAAGAAACGCAAACGAGAAGGAUAUACGAAAUACAAAAACGUCACUGUUUCGGACAGUAAGAGAGGCACAGGUAAUAACCCUACUUACUCACUGCCCAAUUAUCUCCGCCACUUUAUCCAAGCAAGGUGUAUAGGCGUAUGUAGCCGUCUGGAAGAAAGUGUAAGCACCUAGCAAUAUUAUACGCCGCACAGCGCUUUUAUGGACUGCUUCACCAAAGAUGAUAGAGAGAGACAGAGUAGAUCUGGUGAAGGUGAGAGACGCAAAAUAAUUUGAGCUUGCCUACGGGACGUAGUCAGCCCCGUUACAAACAUCGUGCUUCAACGUCGCGCUGUUGUUUCGCCACAUCAAAUAAACUGAUAGCGUGUUAGUGUCAGGCUAUAGACACUCAUCUCGAGUAGCACGCAGAGCUUUUUAUUUUUUCCCUCGCUUUAAGCACAAGACUAGAGACAGGCGCAAAAAAAAAUAAAAGAAAACGAAAUAUGGUAGAAUAGGAGAUGCGACCAACUCAUAAUAAUAUGCUGUACGCUGCAGCGCAGAGCGUACAGCAUGCCAUCUUGAAGAUAUGUUCUAUACCAAGAUUUUUUAUGCGUGCGUACAAUUUUUUCUGUGAUUUUCCUGACUGUUUUUGAACCGCUUGAAACAUUUCAAUUGAAAUCUUUCUUUUCCUAACUACGCACACACCAAACCGCUAUCGAGAAGACUUGUAGAUAAUCACGUAGCGUCACCUUCGGACGCGGUAGAUUGGCACUGGUUACGUUGCUGGAUAUAUUUACUGUUCCUAGUGGGCAUGUACCAUACCGUAAGAGCAGCAUCAGGUAGAACAUACCUCUUUUACGCGAAUAAGGAGCUGGUCAUGAGCGUGAAUGAGAGAGAGAGAGAAUAAAAAAGAAAUAGGCAGAUUGUACUCCUCACUGUGCUCGAAUAUUUUAGGUGUUGUUAGAAGGUAGUCGUAUCAUCUUUGGCCCGCGAAAAACCACAGUGCGCUUUUCGGCAAGCGCAAGAGCAUUCUAUUUUACUUCCUCAGCCUAUGCUUAUUUGCUAUUUGAAUCCGCGACGCUGGAAAGGGUAGCACGCCCUUGUAACAUGGCAACGUCUUCACAUAACGAAACUGGUGGCAUUUAAAAUAAGAAACGUAAGGAAGUACAAAAAGCAAUGCUUCAUUCCGUCCUGAAGUGACCUGCAUAAUGUACUCUCUGCGCCUGAGGUAAAGCGCGUCCGAUCACCCAUCAGGACCAAAACCUAUUCAGAACUUAUUGCUGCGCCUAUGUUCUUUGUUAACACUUUGCUACGUUGUUGCCGCGCUCAUGUAAGGUAACCUGCUUGUGUCUUCUUUCCCGUCAGACUGAAGCAAAAGGAAAAAAAAGAGUUAAAAAUGUCUUCCGUGCGCUUCCGACCAUCAACAGUCAUUUCCCUCCUAUUUUUGUGUGCACGGCCGAAAAAUAUCGGCUGCAAAAACGUAUUUCCCAUGGUUGCAACAGUUCGUGUUGCAUUUGGCAUUUCACCCCGGAAGAUGAAAAGGAAAGCGAAUCUGACACGUUCCUCCACUCGCAGCCCUCCUCUUCGACUCGACGAAGUAAAGCCUCUUAAACUUCGUAAAGUAGCGAAACUCUCCUCCUCUGCCUUCACUCCUCCUCGUUUCUCCUCUCUUUCACGCUCCCUCUCGACCGUGGCGCCGCCUACACUGCUCGAGCGUAGCAACGGCGCCAACAUGCACUCCUCGCCACUCCGUAGACGCUUCUCGAGCAAAAAUGGCGCUGAUGCACGGCGCGAGGGCCCACGUGAUGCUAUUAGGCCAAUAGCGACGCGGCGUCGGCCUCAGCCAGAGCGCGCGAGGAGGAGGCGGCAUUCUUCAAAGCGUGGCACUACUUCACGAAGUUUAAGGGGUUUUACGACGAAGUGGAUCGCAGCACCGCUCAUCGACAGAAGUGGUCACUGCUAUUUAUUGCCGCUCCACGGUACCCUUGAGAAGCGUACUGUUUUUUGGGGGUCGAGGGGAGGCGCUGUGCUCAACCCUGUUGAGUGGAGAGAGAGCUUCGAGAACCCGAGGAAAAGAGUUUUGCGGACGUCAAGAUGGCGCCUAAUGUUCAAAUUACAACCCGGGUGUUUGGCGCCAUGGUCACCUUAUACUGCACGAGCCCCUAUCUAGUCAUACAGCCGCUCACUCCUCUGAGGCGUGCAGGAUGCCUGGCCGAAUACCGGUGGAGCGUCAGGGCGCAAAGAACACGGCGCGAAAUAUAUUCUCAGAGGCCAUAGUUUUUGUGUGUGCACUUCGGAGCGAAUAUUGGAGCGAGAGUCGCACAGCAACGCGCGGACUCUCGGUAUCAAAGUGGAGCCCGCCGCCAACUUUAGCGAACAGAGUAGAAGUUGCGCGAGUGAAAGUAUUGCUUCUUUAUUUUGUGAAACGCGCUCGUAUGUUUUGCAACAGAGAGCUUAUUUGAGACGUCAGAGUCGGGAACCGAACGUCAGCAGGUGCGUCUCAGUGGUCACACCUGCUAGGGUGUACAUGGUUUCUGUACAUUGUAAAUUUGACCGUGUGGGCGCUGUCGAUAAGUGUUCUCAUAAUUAAUACUGUAUCGGCGAGGUGACAAAGAGAAACAAACGCACGUUGACUACUUUGAUUGUUUAAAAAAAGAACAAUAAUGUACACGACCAAAGGACCAGAAGUACCACGCAGUGGCGGUACGAAAUAUUGCCGUUCAAAUGAAUUUGUCAAGACGCUUUCAUUUCAGCUUUCCUUUCUUUCUCUUUCUGCCGCUCCUGUUGCUGUUGCUUUUCUUUGUGCGCGACGUUGUAAAGGACACUGGUUCAAGAAAACAGAGUUACCAGAAGCCAAGACUGGUACUAUUUUUGUUGCCCACUUUUACAGGCGAAAGGUAUAACUUGGCUGUGCGCCACUUUUUUUCCCUCAAAAUCACCGUGCGCUUAAAAGGUCAGCAGGAAAAAAAGCGCCGCAAGUGCACAGCAAUGUACCGCAAAUCAUGCUAUCACAUUGUGUUCUAAUGGUGUAAUAAAGCGUCAUACAACA